CAUCACGUGAAACUAUGCAUCUGAUUGCUUACAUAAUUAAAUAUAUGUUCGUCUUAUAAUGUUAAGUCGCUACCGUCCUCCAUUAUCUCUCCCUCAUCGUUUCCUCCAUUCGUCCACAAUUCACUCACGCCAUUCCAAAUCCUCGCUCUAUUUUCUUUGUCUGUUUACUAUCUGUUUCAAUGUUGGGUAACUGUGAGAAAAUGGUGGUCAUCCCCCCGACGAAUAACGAAUGGCCACAGACAGGCGAUCAAAAGAUCUCGUCGAUGGGUUCCGGUGGGAUGACGACAAUGGAGCAACCUUCAGGUCAGGAGCUUCAGCAGCAGCAACAAUCUCUCAAUUGUCCUCGUUGUGAUUCAACCAACACUAAGUUCUGCUACUACAACAACUACAGCUUGUCUCAGCCAAGGCACUUCUGCAAAUCUUGCAAGCGAUAUUGGACCAGAGGAGGCACUCUGAGAAAUGUUCCUGUAGGAGGUGGGUGCAGGAAGAACAAGCGCGUGAAGCGCCAAACACCUUCUGCUUCUGAUCAAACUCCUUCUUCUUCGUCUUCUUCUUCUCCUACUGCUGCUAAUUCAAACCCUCCUUCUCAACCCCACAUCGAUAAUCAUGUCAAUCCUCUGUUUUAUGGGUUGCCUCGUAACUCUAAUUCUGAUAUGAAUCUUCCAUUUCCAAGGUUCAAUUCUGGGUACGAUCAUCUUCAGCCUCAUCUGAAUGCCCUGGGAUUGGGAUUUUCCUCUGCGUACACUUUAAACGAUUCACUUUUUUCGAAUUACAAUUCCGUCUUUGGUAAUUCGAUCUUCGGUAGUUCUUCAACUGCCAUAUCCUCCCUCCUAAGCCCUAGUACUAAUCUGCAGCAACAGAAGUUCAUCAAUGGAGGUGUGAAGGAUGAUGUUCUAGGCACCUGCACUUUCCAGGGCUUAGACCCACUAGAAGAGGUGAAAGUCGAAGAAGAAAGACCCAACCAGAUCACUGAGCAUGGGAGCUUGUUCGAUUACUACUCACCUUAUUAUUGGAAUGAUCAGACAAAUAAUGUUGGUCCUUCAGUCGCUUCUAUGAUCGAGUAAAAACAGCAAUCUCUCGGUCUCUUUCUCUCUCUCUCCCCCCUCGUUUCAGUUAGUCAUGCUUCGGUCCUUUUCUUUAUAGCCCUAUCUGCUAAUUAGGUCUCUUUUGUUCAAUACACUACUUUUCUCUUUUGGGUCAAAAAGGGGUUGGGUGAAAGAUGGAGAAAUAUACAUAUAUGUGUAGCUAAAGAUAAGAGGAGUUUUGGAUCGGAGCGAUCAUGUCAGCUGCAAAUAGUACUCACGCUUCAGCCUAUUGUUUUAUGCGUCAAAGGUUUGAGAACACUGAUUACAUUGCUCUGAGAGGAACCUCGGAUCCUCUUCUCUCUCAUCGUUAGAGUAUUCCCCAUGGAGAGAUAUCGAUCGAAAGUGGAACAUCCUUCUUUUUGGUGCAACUUCUUCUCCAUAGUUGAUCAGUAGGCUGGUCUUUGCAAUGUACAUAUGUACGUCUUUCAUGUAAGAGACUUGUCUUUUGCUUCUUUACUUUCUUAUGUAUUGUGAUUAAACUAGGUCGGGGUGGGGGAUUUAUAUGAGUAACUGCAUCUAAUAUUUGUUCCAUUUUUGUGUUCUUUUUAAGGUUUGAUUUAGCCUAGCUAGCUAGGUGGGUGGACUUAGAUAUAUAUUGGGUUUAAUUGUGUAGAAGAGAGGGAGAUCGAUCAGAUUGUUCACUUUUAUUUGGGUUUGCUCAACUUCUGCUGUUCUUCAUCGUUCAAUAAUUCCAAGAAUUAAUCUUGGGUUCUUUCGAAA